AUGUCGCAAACCACGCCCGACUCCGAGAGCAAGGCUCUAUCGAGGGAAGCUUCUCUCGAUAAGAUGAAGCUCGAUGGAACUACAUCUCAUGUCGAGCAGACGCAACACGUUGACUUUGACGAUUCUAUUGAGGAUACCGAGCCGUCUAAGGCGGUGUGGCUGAUCACCUUCACCGUCGCCAUGGGCGGUUUCUUGUUUGGUUACGACACCGGUGUGAUCUCGGCCGUUCUCGUCAGUCUCAAAAGUGAUCUCGGACACGAAUUGGAUUCGCACGAACAGGAGUUGAUCACGUCCAUUACAUCUGGUGGCGCGUUGAUCGGUGCCGUGAUCGCUGGUCUUCCGGCCGAUAGAUACGGGCGAAAGCUCGGCAUCUAUAUCGGCUGCGUUCUCUUCCUCGUCGGUACAAUCAUUCAAGCUGCUGCGUUCUCUGUGGCGCAAAUGACCGUCGGACGCUUCAUUGUCGGGUUGGGAGUCGGUUCUGCGGCCAUGAUUAUCCCUCUCUACAUUGGCGAGCUCGCACCCGCCAAACACCGCGGCCGCAUGAUCGCAUUCGAUAACAUGAGCGUAACUCUCGGGCAACUCAUCUCCUACGCUUUCGGUGCAGGCUUUACCGAACUUCCUCACGGAUGGCGCUACAUGGUCGCCAUCGGCGGCGUCCCGCCAAUUAUCCUCGCUUUCCUUCUGCCAAUGUGCCCUGAGUCGCCCCGACAGCUCAUCUCUCACGGAAAGCUCGAGGAGGCCACGCGCGUCAUUAAGCGUGUCUACCCUCAUGCGACGGAAGAACAGGUCAACGCCAAGAUCGGACACAUGACGUGGGUGGUCGAGGUGGAGGCACAGGCUACGUCUGGCUCGCUGUGGGACCGCUUCAAGGAGUUGCAUGUUGUGCCUGCCAACUUCCGCGCCCUUAUUACCGCGUGCGCUAUCAUGGCCAUAAGUCAGCUGAGCGGUUUUAACUCACUUAUGUACUACUGUGCGAACACAAAACAGCCCGUAGCGGCUCCCGGAGUUGGGGGUUCUAGAAGAGCUUCGAAGCGUGUGACGAGGUAA